AUGGCCAUCGUGUUGGAUUUCGACGGCACCAUUACGACCAGUGACACUAUUGGCAUACUUGGUGAGCACGCCAUCUCGUUUCAUAAGAGACACCGGGGCGAUGACUUCUCCGAUGCCUGGAAACAUAUUCUCAGAGAAUACAGCAACGACUAUAGUGACUACGUCUCCAACUAUCCCGUACCAGAGGAGGAACGCGUCAGUUUCGACGCAGAAGUACAGUUUUUAAACGGACUAGAAGACCUUGAUUUAGUGUCAGUCACGCGUGUGGAAGAGUCGGGAAUCUUUGAUGGGAUCUCGCCGUUCGACUUCCAUGCCGACGGCGUUGCUGCUAUCCGUGAGCGCCGCGUCAUCCUUCGACCGGGCAUUGCUAAACUGUUGGCUCUGGCCGCCGAUCGCGCGUGGCCCGUCUACGUUGUGUCGGUGAACUGGUCCCGUGACUUCAUCGAAGGAGCCCUCCAGCAUCUCGGGGCUGAAAUGCACAUCUUCUCCAACCAAAUCGUUGCCGGGCGCAGAGCCUACCACCGCCUGCUUAGCCAAAACUUCUAG